GCGAACUCGCUGUCGUCGCUCCGCGUUCCCGCUCCGAUCGUUUCUCUCUUUCUGUCUCUUUCUCCGACCGCGAUCUCUCCUCCGGAGAGGAGGAUCUCGUCGACGUUUCCCGUCAUUCCCGAGAGAAUCGAGCCUCUCUAUCAGCUCCACCGUCAGCUCGAUAUUCGCGCCAGCUCUCGGAGUUGGAGUUCGUCUGAGUGUCUACACGAGGUUGUUUCGAAACGUGAGGAGGGUCAACAAUUUUGCGAGAUGUUCGCUGGACUUUGGCUGCUGCUAAAGGUGCUGGAUUUCGGACUGGAGGGAGUACUCGCGAGCGACAAAGGUGCUCGUUGUCCAUAGAAUCGCAGUUCGAUAGAGCCUCCCCCCCCCCGGGAAACGACGUCUGGAACGAUCUGAUUUGGUGUAACGAUCAGCGGAGAUUCCCUCGGAUCGAGGACACGAUGAAGGAUUCGCGGCGCGUCGCGCUUACGCUUCCCAGUGCCGUCGCCUGGCGAAUUUAUCGCGACAAUUUGAUAACGACUUAAGAUUCCGGCGUGAACCUCCCUUACACCGAGAUAGAUGUUGCUCGCGAUUCUCGAAGGACGGGACAAGAUGGACAUUGGCUUGGAACAAAAUCGGGCAGCCCCGCAGCGGAUGAAUGGCGCGACGACGAUAGGACGACGUUAGAACGUUACCGCUUGCGGCUGCAGCUGCGGCGGCGUCAUCGGUCGCUGCAUCUGCAGCUGCGGCGGCAGCGACGACGACGACGGUGACGGCGAGGGCGAAUCGCGAUCUUAAUCAGCGAUGCAGAACGCCGGCGACAGUUAUUAUCAGAGGGCGCCGAGAUGCUGUCCGGGCAGAAGCAGCAGCAGCAACAACAAUAAUAACAACAACAACAACAACGCGGGAGUCUCGGUGCGCGGCGCGGAGCUGUUCUGCUGCUGCUGCAGCUGUAGCACCGCCACCUCCACCAAGACCCCGGGGCUGCUGGCGAGCCUCGGCGUGUGCGUGCUCGUUCUUGGUUACACCCUGCUCGGCGCGUUCGCCUUCAUGGCCCUCGAGGGAGGCUUCAAAUCAGAUUCACCCACCGAGGUCGCGUCCUCUAAACCCGACGGUGGUUCCUACGUGCUGCCGAAUCUGGAAAACGAUUCCGCCGCCAUGGAAUUAAGAGCACGCACGGUCGAGAAGCUCUGGAGCAUCACCGAGGAUCUCAAUGUUCUCUACAAGGAGAACUGGACCCGCCUAGCGGCACGGGAAGUCCUCGAAUUUCAGGAGAACCUGGCGCGCGGGCUCAGACGCACCUCGUACGAGCAGGUACCACCAUUGUCACCGCGAUCACGGGAACAUCACGUGGACAGACGCCUGCAUGGUCGACGAUGGACCUUCAGCGGUAGCUUACUAUAUUCCCUGACGCUGAUCACAACCAUAGGGUACGGUAGCGUUGCACCGCGCACAGUCUGGGGCCGGUUGAUCACCAUAGUCUACGCCCUGGCGGGGAUCCCGCUGAUGCUGGUCUACCUCAGCACGGUGGGCGACGUGCUCGCCCGUAGCUUCCGCCGUCUUUACGGACGCAUGUGCCAGCGGCAGCGCAACUGCGCCAGGAAGCGACAGCCACCGCCGCCGCCGCCGCCGGUCGGCGGCAUAAUGACCAAGGCGUAUCGUUACGACAAUCACGUGGAGACUAAAGGCGGCGGCAACUAUUACUCGGCGAGCAGGGAGAGCUCCUGCGACGAUCUGGGUAUCCGCGGCGCCGGAAGUGCGAUUCUUCUCGACUGUGGCAGCGAGGGCCUCCUGCACGCCACUACCAGCUCGACGGCCGCGCUUCAGGAUAUUACAACGGGUAACGGGAAGCGGCACUUUCACCCGUGCUCGUUGUCCUUAUCGUCGACCUCGUCGCCGGCGUACGUGCUGGAGGCGAAUCCGGUCAGGAUACCGAUCAGCCUGUGCCUGGCGAUAAUGCUGGUGUACAUAUGCGGCGGCGCGGUCAUGUUCAACCGUCUGGAGGGCUGGAGUCUGCUGGAGGGCGGCUACUUCUGCUUCACCAGCCUCGGCACGAUCGGCUUCGGCGACCUAAUGCCGAUGGGACGCAACGCCGCCUCGGCCACUCUGGAGGAGCUCAGCCUGUGUGCCUGCUCGCUCUACAUCCUCGCCGGGAUGGGCCUGAUCGCCAUGUGCUUCAACCUCGUCCAGGAGGAGGUGGUACGCGUGGUCAGGGUCUUCGGUAGAACCUGCGGCAUGUCGUCGGGCGUGAUGGUCGGACCUAUCGGUGGUACAGCAGGCGCCGCUCCCGGUCUCAAAGCCGACCUUGACGACGGAGGCGGCACCAGCGACUCGCGACUGUCCGAGCAAGAAGAGGAGGCAAUCGCCAUGUCGAUGGUGCCAGCCGGCUCCUGACAGCAUCAGGCCAGGAGCCCCGGC